AUGAAUUUAAAGCUUAUAUUAUUAUUUGUAGUUGCAUGUAGUAUCUACUAUGUUGUGUCUGCAACAUCUCUUGGACCAAGCAAUCUCUACUUGUAUUCAGUCAAUGCAAACAACAAGAUUGAAAUGACUGUUGUCAACAUUGCAUCUGGAGUAGCCACCAAAUCUGUACUCCCAAUUAAAUUUCAACAUGAUAUUACUUUAAUUAAAUUCCUUGGUGUUGAUUCAAAUCAAAAUUUCCUAUUAUUAGCAAUGAAUCCACGUGAUGCAUAUGGAAUUAUAACUAUAUCACAAGCUGGAAAGUUGGUAACUGGACCAAGCUAUGUUGGACCUAUUCUUGCAGAUUAUGAAUGGUAUGCUACCUCGCUGCAAUAUGAUAGCACUCGUAAUGCAGUCUACCUUGUCACAAGUGCCUCCAAUACUCAAGGUCCGGGCAUGUUUAUCUAUGAUUUUGCCAAUUCUUCAACCAGCGCCCUAAAUUUAACCAUGCCAGAUGUCAAUCCACCAAACGGUUGCUUUGAUGGUGUCAACAACUAUUAUAUCAUGGAUAUCACUGACAAGGACUAUAGUCAAUUUGAAUUGGGUUACUAUUCAUUUGCCGACAAUCAACAACACGAAUCUUUAAAUGUCACUGGUAUUCCAGCCAACUCUGAUACCUAUCUCUACUGUGCCAACAAACAAGUCUACACUGUAGUCUACAAUACCAUGGCUCCAAAGGAAAUGACAUUGUUCCUCAUGGAUGUACAGGAGGCUACUGCCACCCAAUCUUUCCAUAUUCCAAACACCGGUAUGAUGAAUUCUCUCCAACUUUGGUUUAGCGACAAUUACUUUGUCAUUCUCACCUCGUCAAACAAAGAAUUAUUUAUCACCACCGUCGAUCUCAACACCAACCAAGUUGUCCUAUCCACUCAAAUCAAAGGUAAAAUUAAUCUUCAACCACAAGCUUCUGGUGUCUUUUAA